CAAGAAUCGAGCGCGAAGAAAUCAAAUUGGUUUACACUAGCUCGUGAAAUAGAUAUUGGAUAUUGGAUAUUGGAAGAGCGGGAACAGCAGCAUUGCAAACUUCAAGAAUUCCAGUCGUUUCUCCGUACAUUCUCAGGACAGACCACACCUAGGUUAGAUAGACCUACUAACCACUGGAUAUAAAUUGGCACUAUUAAGCUGUUAUCCUGUUUCAACCAUCCAACUUUUACAAAGACCAGCGUUCUUUGAAUGACCGAGUCGUCAAAAUGUAUCCAGUACUUCAAAGGGGAUCCCUUGGAAGAACUGACUCUAACAUCACCAUGUCUACUUCCUCUUCAGCCUUCACGGACACACAAGGUGUUUUUUCGUUGUGGCAGUAGCUCUUUAAAGCCACCCAUACCAUAUCCUGACGACUAUCAGGAUAAAUGGAACGGAUUUUUUGUUCGUAUGCCAUGUUCCCCUGAAAGCGUUUAUCCAGUUUAUGAAGGUGGCACUAAUAACCUUAGUUCUAGGUGGGUUGUGAUUGAAAAGGCCUUGAGAAAUAGGAUACGAUCUCCUGAUGAAUUGAAGGAAGCUAUUCUCUCCUACAAUUCUCGUUUCAAAUCCCACUGGAAUUUCAAAACAUUAGAACAAUUAUGUAUGAUGAAUCUGAUUCCUGAUGGUGGAAAUGAUAAUUUCUUCGGUAAAACUCUUUCUGGUAUUUGCUCGUUAGCACUAAAUUUGCCUGUUUUUGUCACAAAACCUAUUCCCUUACUGUCAUCCCGAAAAGAAUGCGCACUUACUUUAAGUCAGCUCCAGAUAGCCAGUCUUUUAGCAAAUGCAUUUUUUUGUACAUUCCCUCGACGUAAUUGUCAUAGUCAAGAUGCAGAAUAUGUUAAUUUCCCUAAAAUCAAUUUUUCUCAUUUACUGUCAACAAAAGCCGAAAGUAAAUGUGACUCAAGCCGGACGCUUCAUGUCAAAGUUGAAAAGCUACGUUGCAUCUUACACUACUUUCAUCGUGUUCUUCAAAAGUUCCCUACGGGGUCAGUUACAUUUAUAAGACGCUGUCUAGGUAGUUUGGCACCAGAUUGGUCCAAGAGCGAAUUAACAUUUGAUCAGUUGCGUUUACAUGUCAAUGCAACAGGAUCAAUUACUGAUGCCGGUCCAAACACUUUACAAGUCGAUUUCGCUAACAGUUACCUUGGUGGAGGUGUUUUAAAUGGUGGAUGUGUACAAGAAGAAAUUAUGUUUGCUCUACGACCGGAAUUGUUGGUUGGCUGCUUAUUUGUAGAGCGUCUGGGGUUUAAUGAAACGCUUAUUAUCGAAGGUGCUGAACAGUAUUCCGUAGGCUCUGGUUAUGCUGACGAUUUCUGUUGGGCUGGAGAUUUUAAUCAUUCAAAUAGUGGGAUGAAACGCGAUAAUUGGGGUCGAUGGAAUUAUGCAGUAGUAGCAAUGGACGCUGCAAAGUACAACAAUCCUAUGAAACAGUUUACUGUCGAGGAAAUGUUGAGAGAAUUAAAUAAGGCUUAUUGUGGAUUUACAGAUGAGUUAUUCCCUGGAAGAAAACUACCUGCAGUUGUAGCUACUGGGAAUUGGGGAUGUGGUGCUUUCAGGGGCAAUGUUGAACUGAAAUGUGUACUUCAAAUGAUGGCAUGCCUUCAAGCUAAAAAGUCAAUGGCAUAUUUUACUUUCGGUGAUAAAGAAUUUUGUGAUAGGAUCUACGCAUUGUAUACUUUGCUUUCUUCUGAAAAAGUAACUGUAGGACGAUUAUGGCGAAUUUUAAGUGAGAAUGCUGAAUAUGGCUUGAUGGAAAACCAAUCUGUAUUCGAUCUAAUUUCGCAAACAUUAAAGUGAAUGUAAACCGUCUAUACCUAGUGUAAAAUGUUACCAAUUUUUGUCAAACAUAUAUUUUUAUAUUUUUUUUAAUAACUUGGUAGUUACAAUUCCUGUUUUUGCCUUACGAUGAUACACAAGGAGAAUAAAAAAGAUUCGUUGUUAUCUUGUCGGUUAGUGUUUCAGGAUGGGUGUGCAACACUAUUAAUUAAGUAUGGAACAUUCGGAUUGUCUUUAAGAAGUAAUUGCCAUUCUGUUAAAUAUGAUAGAUUUAUGAAAAACCAAUCAG